AUGGUCAAGUCAUAUAAUCGUUAUGAUCAAGAGAAAUGUUUUGGAGUAAUAACAUCUCAUUCAAAUAUAGUAUGGCUUCCGCCAAGUGAUUCACAAUCUUCAACAAGUGUUGGAAGAGCACUAACAUCAGGAUUAGAGGAAAUACUAAUAUGGGACAUUAAAACUGGUGAAUUAUUACAAAGAUUUAAUGAUUCUUUAACUCCUGGUGCAUCCAAUUCAAGUACUACCAUUGCACCAAGUCCCGUAACAUAUUUAACAUAUCAUAAAGAAACAAAUUUAAUAGCUGCAGGUUAUAUGGAUGGGAAAAUUAAAAUAUGGGAUAUAAGUUCACAAUCAGUAUUAAUGACAUUUGAAGGUCAUAAAUCUUCGAUUAGUAUAUUAAAAUUCGAUAGAAGUGGGACAAGAGUAGUUAGUGGAUCAAAUGAUUCAAGUAUAAUAAUGUGGGAUCUUGUAGGAGAAAGUGGGUUAUUCAAAUUAAAAAGUCAUAAAGGUCCAAUAACUGGGUUACAAUUUUUAUCAGAAAUAACCGAAGAACAAGAAGAAGAUUUGGAUCAGAUUGAGGAUUAUUUAUUGAGUAGUUCAAAAGAUGGACUUAUCAAAUUAUGGGAAUUGAAAAGUCAACAAUGUAUAGAAACUCAUUUAGCUCAUAGUUCAGAAUGUUGGUCGAUGGGAGUAAAUAAAGAUAAAACCAUGUUAGUAACUACAGGAAAUAAAGAUCAAGUUAAAGUAUGGGGUAUAGAUCUAAAUCAAGAAGACGGACAAAAAAUAAAUGAAAGAGGAAUGUUUGAAAAAACAAGUAAAGCAAAAGGGAAUGAAAUACAUUUUAAAAAUGUUAAAAACAAUGGUUCUGAAGUUGAAUUAUUCUUAAUACAGAAUUCAGAUAGAACUACUGAAAUAUUUAGAGUAAGAUCAGAAGAUGAAAUGAAAAAGGGAAUAACUAAAAGAAUGAAAAGAUUACAGGAGAAAGGUAUGGAUGAAGAUGAAAUUUUACAAAGUAUACAAAAUUCCGAAAUUAGCAUGCUAAUAACGCCUUUCACAACUAUAAGAGUAAUGUCGAAGAUAAAUUCAUGCUGUUGGACCGAUAGUAGGAAAAAGUUAAACAUACUAAUGGGAAUCACAAACAAUACAAUAGAAUUUAUAAAUAUACCAACACCUGAAAAUAUAAAAAAGACACAACCAACAGAAAUUCAUUCAACAAAAGCAUAUACUAUAGAUCAUUUAGGUCAUAAAUUUGAUAUAAGAGCAAUGGAUAUAUCACCGGAAGAUGAUAAAUUAUUAGCUACUGCAUCAAAUGGGGAAUUAAAAAUAUGGAAUACAAGAACUUAUAACGUUAUACGAACAUUUACAUUAGAAGGUGGUUAUGCGUUAUGUUGUAAAUUUUUACCUGGUGGGACUUUGGUGGUUGUUGGUUUUAAAAAUGGUGAUUUAGAGUUAUAUGAUUUAACUACGUCUUCGUUAGUCGAUAGAGUUGAAAAUGCACAUCAAAUUGCAGGAAGUGAAGAUAGUGCAGCUGUUUGGUCAUUAGAUUUAACAUCUGAUGGUAAAACUUUAGUUACUGGUGGUAAUGAUAAAUGUGUUAAAUUUUGGAAUUUUAAAGUUGAAAAAGAUAUAAUACCAGCUACAAACACAGUAAUAUCGCAAUUAAAAUUUGUACACACACAAACUUUGGAAUUGAAUGAGGAUGUAUUAUGUGUCAGAAUAUCACCAGAUGAUAAGUACCUAGCAGUAUCAUUACUUAAUAGUAAUGUUCAAGUUGUUUUUCUAGAUACAUUAAAAUUAUUUUUAACAUUAUAUGGUCAUAAAUUACCUGUUUUAUCAAUAGACAUAUCAGCAGAUUCAAAAUUAAUUAUAACAUCAUCAGCAGAUAAGAACAUAAAAAUUUGGGGUUUAGAUUUUGGUGAUUGUCAUAAAUCCAUAUUUGCACAUCAAGAUUCAGUAAUGAAUGUAAAAUUUAUCGGAGAAACUCACAAUUUUUUUUCAAGUGGUAAAGACGGUUUAAUAAAAUAUUGGGAUGGUGAUAAGUUUGAAUGUAUACAAAAAUUACCUGCUCAUCAAAGUGAAGUUUGGUGUAUGGCAAUAAGUAAAAAUGGUUUAUUUAUGUGUUCUACAUCUCAUGAUCAUUCUAUUAGAUUAUGGUCUGCUACUAGUGAUCAAGUAUUUUUAGAAGAAGAAAGAGAAAAAGAAAUGGAUGAAUUAUAUGAGAAUAAAUUAUUGGAUCAAAUAGAAGGUGAUGAACCAUCUAAAAAUGAUGAUGAAGAUGAUGAAAAUAUGGAAAGUAGUGCAGUUGAAAGAGUUGGUAAACAAACUAUGGAAACUUUAAAAGCAGGUGAAAAAUUAAUGGAAGCAUUAGAUAUUGGAAUAGAAGAUUUAGAAGCAACAAGAGCUUAUGAAGCACAAUUAAAAAUUAGCAAAAGUACACCCAAACCAACACCAAAUGCAAUCUUAUUAGCAUUUAAUGUAACUGGACCACAACAUGUUUUGAACACCCUAACAAAAAUAAAACCAUCACAAUUAGAUGAUGCAUUAUUAGUAUUACCUUUUUCAUAUUGUUUAAAAUUAUUACAAAUGAUAGAAAUAUGGACCACAAAAGAAAACAUUAACAAAAACGUAACUCAAUUAUCAUUAAUUUGUAAAGUUUUAUUUUUUAUAAUAUCAUCAAAUUCAAAAGAAUUAAUUAACCAAAAGGAUUCUCAUUUGAAAACCCAAUUAAUAUCAGUAAAACAACAAUUACGUGAUAACUUAUCCAAAACAUGUAAUACAUUAGGUGUAAAUACUCAAGGUUUAAGAUUUAUUAAACAACAAUGGAAAUUAAAUCAUGUUUCGGAGUUCAUUGAUGAAGAAGAACAAAAAGCAUAUGAAGACAAGAGAGCUGUCAAGAGAAGUUAUAAGACUAUAUAG